GGAGGCGCCGGCUCCCGGGGGACCGCAGACGGGGCGCCCGGCGGGGCUGCAUGGGGCUCCCGCGCGGCGCGCUGCUCUGGCGGCUGCUGCUGCUCGGCGCCGUGGGCGCGGGGAUCCUCCUCACGCUCCUCUCCGCGGCGGGGCCGCGCCCGGGGCUCUGGGCCGGAGCCAGGACCACCACAGCGUUCACUGGACCCGAGGCAGCGCUUUCUGGGACGAGGAAGAGCAGGCCCUGCAGACACUCGCUCGCUCAGGCCGUCCAGCAGCACCCCCACUUCCGGGCUCUGUUCAACUUCUCGCAGCCGGUGCUGCUGGCCGGGGGCCUCUUCUCCCAGGAGCUCUGGGACAGCCUGAGCCAGCGCAGAGCCCCCUACGGCUGGCAGGGGCUCCCCCGCCAAGACAUCGCCUCCACCCUGAGCCUCCUCAACAGCUCCGAGAGCGCCCAGCUGCUGGGCUCCAGGGAGCCGCGUGGGGACUGCGUCCGGUGCGCCGUGGUGGGCAACGGGGGCAUCCUCAAUGGCUCCCGCCAGGGGCUCAACAUUGAUGCCCACGACUACGUGUUCAGACUCAAUGGUGCUGUGAUCAAAGGCUUCGAGCAGGACGUGGGCACCAAGACCUCCUUCUACGGCUUCACUGUGAACACCAUGAAGAACUCACUCAUCGCCUACAGCGCAGCGGGCUUCACCUCCGUGCCCCAAGGGCCGGACCUGCGCUACAUCGUCAUCCCCUCAGGCCUCCGUGACUACGUGAUGCUGAGAUCGGCCGUCCUGGGCGUGCCGGUCCCCAGUGGCCACGAUAAGGGUGACAGGCCCCGCACCUAUUUCGGACCAGAAGCCCCUGCCAGCAAAUUCAAGCUGCUCCACCCAGCCUUCAUCAGCUACCUGACAGAGAGGUUUUUGAAAUCAAAGCGGAUUAUCUCAAAAUUUAAAGACAUAUAUAUGCCUAGUACCGGGGCCCUCAUGCUGCUGACAGCGUUACACACCUGUGACCAGGUUAGUGCCUAUGGAUUCAUCACAAGUAACUACUGGAAAUUCUCCGACCACUACUACGACCGAGUUAAGCAGCCACUGAUAUUCUAUGCAAACCACGAUCUGUCCCUGGAGGCAGAGCUGUGGUGGGACCUGCACAAGGCGGGCAUCCUGCACCUGUACCAGCACCGAGCGUGACCCUUGCCCAGCCGGGGGCCAGCUCCCCGAGACCCACUCCUCCCCUCAGGUGGCACCGAGGUGCCUUUGUGACAUCACUGCCGCCUGUUCACUGUGAACACCCCAUCUUGCCCUUGGCUCAUCCAAGAAAACCCCGAGUCUGAGACAGACAACACUCCCAGGAUGUGACUGUCACCGCACCAAGGGCAGGCAUACCCAAGGCCAGCGGGAGCCGGGCAGCACCGGAAGUCAGUGGAGGGCUCGGCCACACUCCAUCACUGGCACCUGCACACUCCCAGCCAGUUCUCAAGGACACGCCUUCACCUUUCUGCGGCCAUGACCACCAUAUGAGAGCCAUGGGGAGGGGGCGCAGAGGGCAGAAUGUAACCUAACCCCAGAUCAUUGCAUAAACAUGGAUGGCUACCUUCGCUGUGUGUGUGGAGUAGAAUGUACCAUGCAGGGUGUGACGUGGCGAUCAGAGAACCAUGGAAGGUUCUGGUAUUUGAUGGGGGUGCCCAGUACACAGAAGGCUGCCUGCCUCUGAGGGGAUUCCUGUUAGACAUAGUGCCACCUGGUCACCAAAAGGAUGGUACCCUGUAAUGAACCCCCUCACUCAGCACUGAGCUUGUGCCAACAAUGGGAACCUGACUGACAGGCAGUCUCACUCAGGCCUUAUAGGUGCCCACUGGAAGCCCAGCUGGCACACCCAGCCCUUAGCCCUGGGAUCCCCAACCCAGCAGCUCCCAGGAGUCUGCUGCCUGCACUGUGCGGGGCAGGGGUCUCCACAGGGCUGGCUGGUAGGCAAGGCCUCUGGCAGCCAAAUAAAGGGAUAUAAAAUCAAUUUAGUGGGAAACCUACAAACACUCCAACACAUCUGAUUGCAUCCUAUGUGUUGUUAAACCCAAUUGUUGUUCGGUGAAACUCAUUUACCGAGGAAUGCCGAGUCACAACGUACUGUUCUUGGGUCUCAAUCUGAAAUCCACAAUGC